AUGUUUAAGCUGGUUUCUUUGGCUUUCCCUGGAACCAGGUGGUCGGCCUGGAAACCAAAGUUGACCAGCUGCUACGAAGGCUUUGGAUUGGUUGACGCCUCCGGAGCUUUUGUCCCCAACAGGACACUGGCCGUUGGAUGCGGCCUGUGCCAGGCAGGAACUGCAUCUGAGGAGCUCAUUGAUGAUGAGGGAAGGACCUUCCAAUGCAAACAAUGCCCUCCUGGCUACAGUCAAUCAAACACUUACUCCACCCAAUGUGAGCCGUGUCCAAAGGGCACUUCAGCCAGCAGUUUUGGGAGCACAACGUGCACUCCAUGCGAUGAAGGAGACUAUCAACCAGAUACAGCUCAGACCUCGUGCAUCUCUUGUGGUGCUUCCCGAACGACCCUGUUGUUGGGUGCAUCAUCUCUCGCAGAUUGUGUGUGCCAGGCGGGGAAAAUCGAGCAGGAUUCCACUUGCAUGGAUUGCAAUGAGGAAAGCAUGCAUUGUCCAAAAGGAAGCACUAUUGCAAAGCUAGAAGCAGCUUCCGGAACCACGGACUUGAAGGGUCCCUACGUGAAGAGGGGCUUCUUCAGCAAUCCAGAAGCACCUCUUGACACUUACAAAUGCGCUGCGGAGCUCUAUUGUCCCGGUGGUUCUCCAGGUGUUUGCUUCGGAGACCGUGAAGGUUUGACUUGUGGUGACUGCGCUGAUGGACAUUAUUGGGCUUCCAACAAAUGCGAACCCUGUGGAGCUGUGCCAGCUGCAUGGGCUUUCUCCGUGACAAUGGUCGUGGUUGGAGUCUGUGGCUCUUACUAUAUGCUAACAUCAAGCUAUACAGCGAAGGCCAGUGUGAUGAUGUCCACCACCGCAGCCUUGGGAAUGCUAGUGGCCUUAUUCCAGAAUUUGGGUGUCUUGAACACUGUCGCUGUUCAAUGGCCAGAUGGAUUGCGAGACAUCCUGAACUUUGCCUCGAUCUUUACCUUCAACCUUGAUGCUCUUGGCUUUAGUUGUGCUGCCGGCGGCAAUGUGGGCCGAUAUGUGAGCACUGCCUCGUUCUUUUGGAUUGUGUUUCUUGCGUUGCCCCUUGUUGGUUUGCUUACAAACUUCAUUCCAAUUCUGAAGCGCCGCAAGCUUGCAUGGGAGCAGAACAAAACAAUCAGUACAACGGGGCAAUUCUUGCAGGUCGGCUUCACAACCAUGUGCAAUGUCGGCCUCAUGCCGUUCAUGUGCUAUCGACAUCCUACCGGCCAGGAGAGUAUUUUGAAGUAUCCGAAUGUAUUCUGCGGCACUGAUGACCACGUGAUCAUGCGAAUCUUUGGUGCCUUGGUGAUCUUUUUGGCCUUCAGCUUCUUCACCGCAGCUUGCUACGCAGCCUAUCAAGCACCCAAGUGGUCGGGGAAAUCAAGGCUUGCGGCUAUUCGCUUCUUGAUCUUCCGCUUCCGGCCCAAUGUGUGGUAUUUUGGUUUGGUCCUCUUGGCCCGAGGACCCUUGCUGUCCAUGCCAGGUGUGAUCGCGACCAACAUGCCCAGCUUGCAACUUACGCUGAUGCACAUGAUUCUGCUUGGAUCUCUUUGCCUUCAAUUGUGGUUCCUGCCAUGGAAAUCCCCAAUCCUGAAUCUGGUCGAUGGAGUCUCAGUGUCGCUCCUCGUGAUGCUUUUGGCAGGGUCGCUUGGAUAUGCCGACAGCAGCGGGGAAGAUGCAGCACGUGUUCUGGCGACCUUCGGAACCGUCAUCUCCUCUUUGAUGGUCGUCAUCCUCGGAGGGAUGGUGAUGCUUGGCCUGACCGCUCUCAUCUACCGCUCGGCGCUGGGCAGUUCAAAGGAAUUGCGCAUCAUGAACCUGGGCAAGGUCCCAGAAGAGAAGGAUGUCUUUCAGAGUCUCCUGGACGUGGCGACUUUCCUCAAGGAAGAUGGACAAGGCAAGGAGGCGACCUUCAUCAAGGACUUGAGCAAUCUCUCAACAUAUGACAUUGGCACCAUCACCCGUGCGAUCAACAUUCUUGCGGACGACCUCAAUAUGACUCUGAGUCAUGGGAGCCUGCGCAAGAGCUCCUCCCGUCGCAUCGCGACCGGAACACGCACCUUCAGGAGCUCAUCAAGUUACGAUGCCCAGGAGAAGGAGACGAAUGAGCCUUCAGAGGUGACUCGAGAGGAGGUCACUCAGACCGCCACGGUGUGAUUUUUUUCUGAAAUGGUCCUGGGUAGCAGGGGAUUGAAAG